AUGGCAGACCUGGAAUCCCUCUCGCAGUCGGCCGACGCCCUCGACGAGCUGGCCGCCAAGCUGAGCGCCCGGGCCGGUGAGCUCCGGGCGGCCGUCGAGGCCCGCGACGAAGCAGCCGCGCGCACGCGCCGGUACGAGGCGCUGGACGCCGCGCAGGACGUGGUGUCGCUGCUCAAGAACCCGUCGGAGCAGUGGGCCGACACGCUGCAGAACGUCGCGCUGACGGGCGUGGUGCGCCAGUUUCAGCAGUGGAAGGUCUUUGACGCCAUCCCCGCGGCGCCGGGGAGCAGCAUAUCCUACGAGGAGCUGGCGGGAAGGACUGGGGUGCAACUGCAACUGCUGCGGAUGGUCAAGCAGGAGGGCGUUGAUCGCAUCUCCCACACCCCGAGGUCACUAAACUACCUGGAGGGUACACAUGGAGCAGACUUUCACAACACAAUGUACAGCUUGGCCGUCAAGGCUUUUGCCAUGCUGGUCGAGUACUUUGACAAAUACGGGCCGCGCGAGCCCGAGGAGCAGAACCACAUCCCCGUCACCUUUGCCAUGGGGACGCCGGAGCUCACAUUUUGGGGCCACCUGGAGCGCCACCCGGAGCUCAUCGCCCCCUUUAUGCACAGCAGCGCACCGUCGGCGGCCAGGAUGCCCGUGACGGGCGUCUACGACUUUGGCUGGGUGGCCGAGGAGGCCAAAAAGGACCCGGGAGGCGAUCGCGUGCUGUUCAACGACGUCGGCGGCGGCACCGGCCACUGCAUCGUCGCCAUCCAGGCCGAGAACCCGGCCAUACCAAUGGAGAGGUUCAUGCUGCAGGACCAGCCACACAUUAUCGAUCAGCUGAAGAGGGAUGCUACAGAGUCUCUCAGGGGGGUCAAGAUGGCGAGCCUGGACUUCAACAAGGAGGCGCCUGAAAAAGGCGCCCUAAUCUACUAUCUCCGGCGCAUCGUGCACGACUACUCGGACAAGCUGGCGGUAAACAUACUCCGGAACACGGUGGCGGCCAUGGCUCCCGACAGCAGGAUCCUCAUCGCCGAGGACGUGGCGACCAACCCGCCGCACCCCCUCACGGCCAUGAUGGACAUGCUGAUGCUGGCCGUCGGCGGCAAGGAGCGGACCCUGGAGGAUUUCGAGGCCGUCAUCAAGGAGGCCGGCCUGAGGAUCACCAGCGUCGCGAGGAGUGCAGACUCGCCCAUGGCCGUCAUUGAGUGCGUCAAGGCUUGA